AUGGAUGAGGUGCUGCUCGUCUUACCCAUGUCCUGCGAGGACCCGCCGCAAUACCAUAGUGUGCCCCGCACGGUCAUUUGGUCACUUCUAUGGAUCGCCAUCAUUGGCGCUUACAUCCCGCAAUACCUGCGCAUCCGCAAAGAAGGGACCAAGGGAAUAUCACCGUACUACAUCCUCAAUCAUGGCCUGUUCUCCACCACAACGUUAGCACUCCGGUUUGGCCACAGGGUUUUUUAUAAGGCAUUCAACUGUGUUGCCAGUGGCGAGCUGGACGGAUGGAAGGGCUAUUCCGCGUCGCUUGACUUCCUGGCCGUCUUUGUGCAAUGGGCUUGUGCCAUGGUCUUGUUUGCCAUCUAUCUCCAUUAUCGCACACCUGCCGUGCUGCCAGAUCAGGCGCCUAUCCGCCGUCUCUCAGACUGGCAGCCCGAGGAUCCGCAUGAGCACAAGCUCACGUCAGCCAUUAUGAAAAAGGUGCUCAUUUCAUACUCGGCCGUCACCCUCCCGGUUUCACUCUUGCUCCUUUUUCUCAACGGACAGCCAUACUUUCAACGGAGCGGGCCGCAAACAGCUUUUUAUGGCGUGUUCUGGUCGCUUUGGAUCGCCUUCCUAUGCAUAGUCGAUGCCUUCCUUGUUGCCUUCCAGUUUGUCAAGCAGCUCAAGACAAUAGGACGUCUGAGAUCGCGCGGGUCGCUCAGCAUUGCUUCCGUGCUCUCCUUGUCAAUCGUGUUGAUUCUUCUGGCGUUGACCCAGUUCUUCAGGUCACGAGGAAACAUCUCUCUUCCCCGUGAGCGGCACUCGAGCUUUGGGCGCUUCCUCCAAUUAUUUGGGUAUGUAUAUGGCUGUGUCAGCGUUGAUGUCAUGUAUCUAGUUGCAGGCCUUGGAUACCUGGUUCUAUUUCAGCUUUGUCUGGUUUUUGACUGGAAUGACUUGUUUGGUACUCGGUUUGGCAGGAUCCAACUAGUUUGA